AAUUUCCGAUAAUUCAUGGUCUAGUGCAGUUAUGUAAAGGAAUCCAUGAUACUUUUUAUAAAGUAAAGCUGCAUAACUUGUGAUAUGACUGUUGCGUAUUACGUAGAGUAUUUACAUGUCGUGGUAGUCCUGUGAAUCCGACGCGACGCUAAUUCCUGGGAAGCUGUUGAAGUCUGUGAAAGUAUUUCUACGCCAUUUUGUACUUGUUCUUAAAGUGUUCUGAAGUGGAUUGGAAGUAUUAAAGAAAGCUUUAUGUAUUACGUGUAAUAAUAAGGUAUUUAAAAAAAUGGGAACCGGCCAGCAGUUUUCUUUACGUUGGAACAAUUACUUGCGCCACAUUACUUGUGCUUUUGACUCUCUGCGGAGUGAUGAGGACCUUGUGGAUGUGACCCUCAGUUGCGAAGGAAAGCGAAUCCGAGCACACAAAAUGUUGCUUUCUGCUUGCAGCACAUAUUUCAGAGAUCUUUUCAAGGAGAACCCAUGCCAACAUCCUGUUAUAAUAUUCAGAAAUGUAAAAUUUGAAGAUUUGGCAGCCUUGAUAGAUUUCAUGUACCAGGGUGAAGUGAAUGUUGUGCAAGAUCAGCUAGCAUCUUUUCUUACAACGGCUGAAUUACUAGCGGUUCAAGGACUUUCUGAUGGGAAUGGAAAGGACCAGGGGUCUGAUCAGCCAAAGGAGGUUGAAUUACCUGAUUCUCCAAUAAUGCCGCCUGAACCAGAAGUUCAGCUUAGCAAUAACACUCAUGGCCAGAAACAAAUGUCUUCUGGUAGUGGAAGUGUAUCUUCACCUGUUUCCUUUUUCCCUGUGGACCAGCGGUCUGAUUCUCCACCGAGCAGCAAGCGACGGAAAUGGGGAAGUGGUGUGGGUGGGAGUGCAAAGAGUGGAAACAGUUCUGCAGUACCUAGUAGUGGAACAGUUGAGAAAGAUGUGGAAAGAGAGAGGGAAACUGAAAGGAGACGGGUGUCUGCAGUACCUGCAAGUUCAUCGGCACAGUCGACUUCAAAAUCAAGUCCGGACCCUAUUGAAAUUAUUCCAGUUGUACCAAACUUGAAAUUAGAAAUGCCAGACUAUAUGGAACAAGAACAGGAUGCCUCUUCAUGUAGUUACAGUGAUUCAAACCAGGGUGGUGGAGGUGCAGGUGGCGGUGGACAGGGUUCAAGUCGAGAUCCCUUGCCUCCCAUGUCACAACUUCUUGCGCGUGGUGCAUCAACGUCAGCAGAUAACAAACCAGAACCAACAGAAAUGUAUAGCGCUAACUCAGGGGAUUCAACCCUCCCACCCUCUGGAGAAAGUCUAUCUGCUUCAGAUAUAAGUCAAAUAUUAGCGAAACCAGGACCAUCAGGGGAGAACCAGUCACAGGAUUCCUUACAGGACCUACCUCACUGGAUGAGGGAGGGGGAUUGGAUGGCAGAAUUGAAUUCACCGUCAAGCGGUGGACCUGAAGAGGCUGAGUUGCGGCAUCCAUUUGUUUGCCAAAUAUGUGGGAAAGCUUUCAAGCAUGCAGGCUCACUAUCAAUGCACCGACGUCUGCAUCGUGGCCAUACUCGGUGCCCUGUGUGCCAUAAAGUUUUCAGCCGCACUUACUACAUGAAAGUUCAUAUGCAACUCAUCCAUCACGUGAACACGGAUUGUUGAGGAAACGUGAUGCGUGGCUGGUUGUUGGCUGAGUUCAGACAUACAUGAAUUGUUGGGUAUUUUGAAGAUAUGAGUUGCCACUAUUUGCCCUCUGUGCAUAAAUUUGUUGUGAUUCUUUGCCCCCCUGUUCAUCUUUGUUUAUAUUUAUCAUAGAAAAAAAUGAGGUAGAAGGAAUUUGUGCCUUUAUUAAAAUUGUCCUUUUAUUUAGUUAUUUGAUUUAGUUUCCCUUCUUGCAGUUAUACUUUGUGAAGAAAUUUUUAAAUGUCUGUCAAAGCUGUAUUCUUGGUGGGUUGAUACGCAUUCAUGCUUACUCCUGUGUGCAGUAUAUAGGAUGAUUCAGGGGAGUUCGUCACACUUUUUGUGGAUACGUCAACUGUUUUUAUUUAAAAAGUUGUACCAAGUGGGUCCAGUUUGGAAGAUAUAAGGAGGCAGUUUGUGGAUACACAAGAAAUGGGGAAAGGAAAUAAAAAAUUUCACAGUACCUUCAUUAUACUAUAAAUAAAAGUAGAAUAUGUGUUUUCUUAAUGAGAUAUGUUGCAAAAACUAUUCAGUGUUCUGCUGGGACUGGACGAUGCAUUUGAGAGUGGUGUGUUAUUGAAGUGGUUGGCAACACUUCUCAUGCGUAUUGAAGUGUUAGGUGGGCAAUUCUAGCAGUUUUUGUAAUGUACCAUAAACCUGUCUUAAAUGGAAUCUCAAGGGUCCGGAACACUUUUCCGCUGAAGCCAGGUUUCAAUUUAAUCAAGGUAUACUAUAAUAAUUAAACUAGGACAUGCACAUAUUUGAGACAAAAUACUCAUAAUUUAUUCACAGUAUAAUCAUUGAACACAAGCAAACAUUAGGCUGAAUUUCUGUUUUCUUCUUUAGAAUCUCGUACACUUGAGUUUUACCGACAUUAAAACAUCUUCAUGAUUGUUAAGCUCAAGCACAACUCUUUGUCUAUUUGUAUCCAUGGUGACAGCUGCUAGACUAAAGUAAAAAUGUAGAUCUAGAGCCCUUACUGAGUAAAAGUUCCGGACGGGACAAACAGUUCAGUUGAAUUUCAGUGCAGGUAGUGCAAUACCGUUAAAAGCUGAAUUGAAAGAGUUAGAGAAAACAAAAUUCUGUAGAAUGUAUAGGAUGCCUAAAUUCUUCUAAAUGAUGCCUUCCAGAAGACUGGGAAUUUUCUGUAUAAAGGCUUAUUUUGAUUUCCGUUUCUGCGUUAGACAGUUUCCGUUUAAUCCAGAAUAUUUAACAUUCUUUUCGGCCCAAAAGUCACGGAACCUGACAAUAUUUCUGUUUAAGACAAAUUUCGUUUAAUAAAGGAUCUGUUUAGGGCAGGUUUUACUGUAUUUCCCUAUUAAAUAACACUGAUUUUAGUUUCAUGCUAAAUUGAAAUUUUCCAAUAAAAUCCCCAAUUUUUGGCAGAUAUUUAUUUUAUGUUCAAACUGCAGUGACUUUGGGAAUAGAACUUUUCUUUAAUUCAAAAUCACAUGGUUAAUGUACCCACAAAGUUGGCACUGUGCUUCUGAGUUCCUGUGUAUAAUUUUGAGUAAGAAUUGCUUGUUGAAUGUUCCUUACAAAGUAAAAUAGAAUCCUGUACAUUCAGGUGAUUCCUCUCUGCCUUGUCUGUGGUGUUAGUACUGGUUAAUUCCAGUUUUCAACCAUUGUAAGGAAUCAUACCUUCACGUGAGGUUAUAGAUACACUUUUUAUAUAUAUAUAUAUUGUCAAACAUUUUGGUGAAAUUCAAGAAGAGAGAUUUUUCUGUAAUAUCAGUUGGCUAUUUUGAUUCAUUGUCACAUUGACUGAUUACAAAACAUAAAGUUAUGCAUAAGUUCUUCACAUGUAUCAUAAACCUUUAAUAUACUUUCAACCAGAUUACAUAUAAAUGAUAUUUUUAUAAUGUUGGUUUGCCUUCUCAAUUUCAAGCUGUACUGACUGAACAAAAACAAUUUUUGCGUAAGUCCAUAAAUGGGCAAUCAUAUAUCUGAUACACCAUUUCAGAAAUGUUAUUGUAAUACUGUAUAUUAUGAUUACAAACUUACAAGCCAUUUAAGACUACUUUUAAUUAUUAUAGUAGGGUGUUCAGAAUAAUUCUUGACAUGAACAUUUAAUAGAUUUCGUUUGCUUCCCACCUCCCCCAAAACCCAGGAAUGGGGUUUGCAGACUUUUUUGCUGCCUUCCCUCCCCAUCCCCACUCAUGCACACAGAAUACAGUUGGGAAUUUUGUGUACUACAUUAUAGACUGCAUCCUUUUAGAUUUUGUUAAUCGAGAGUUUAAGUUCAGUCUAAGCAUUUUGGGUGGCUGAUGUAAGGCAAAACAACAGAUACAGGAAAUAAUCACUGCUGAGAAGAAUAAUGAACUGCUAUGAGAUGAUCACAUGUGCCUUGUACGAAUAUUUCCAUUUAUUCAGAAAUAGAAUUGACAGUCUGAUUGAGUAAUUGGAAGCUGUAUUUUGAAAUGUAGUGUGAAGUAUUUCUGUCACAGUAUUUUAAAGUGCACUGUUACAUGAAGAUACUGUAUUUGGAUCUAAAUAAGAGAGUACGGCAGAGGCUGGAGAAAAUUGCAUAACAAGGAGUGUCAUAAUCUAUACUUUUUGCCCAAUAUUAGGUUAAGCUAAUCAAGGAGGGUGAGUUGGGAGGAGCACAAGACAGGUGCAAGUGCAUGGCCAGUUUCAGGUUAGAAAGCGUGAAGAGAGAGGGUACUAUUAAAGUCUGUAUAAAAGAAGUAGGGUUUGAGGAUAUGGAUGGAAUUCAUUUGGCUCAGAAUAGUGAUCAGGGGGAGGUUCGUAUGAGUACACUAAUGAACCCUUGGGUUUGACGAAAGGCAGGGUAUUUUUAGACUAUCAGAAUGACUAAUAGCUACCCAAGAAAAACUGUGUACCUUGGAGUUGGUUAAUUUAGUUUUUGCCUUAAAACCACCAAUAUAUGUAAUGAAGUAUGAAGUCAUUUUUAUUAAACAUGGUCAGCUUUCUGUGUGGAUUUAAUGACCAGCUUGGUGUCAUAGUAUUCAACACGUACAUGGUUCAAGUUAGUUAAAUGACUGUUGUAGAUGAAAGAGACUGUGCUUUCUUUAGUUUUCCCAGGCUAGUAACUAGGUGUAGGUCAGCACUGCUUCCUUACAGUAAUGAUUUUCUCACUAAAUUUGUAUAUAGCCUCUGCAGUUGAAUACUAUUGUUUUCUUGUGUAAUUAUUUAAAUAUAGAUACAUUGUCACAUAAGCUGUACAUUUGUAUGCUUUUUAGAAAGUACUAAUAAAGAGCUUUUAAAAUUAACAUCAGAACUUGAAAUUGUAAAGGAUAUGAUGAGUUGUACUAUGAUCUUUAUGUCAGUAUAUUGUUCAGUUGUAUUCAUUCUGUGUGUGUAUAAAAAAAUCUGGGUUGUAUUAAAUAUAUGAAGUUACAAAAUCUUGUUUUUCUUGUAUACUUUAUCUGCAUGUUAUCAGUUCUUACAUUAGAAAUAACAAAAAUUAAUCUUUAUAUUAUGGAAUCCAUAAUCCAAGCUCCCAAUGCAAUUAAUUGGAAUCUGUUAAACUAUAUUAUAAAAAUUGACUGCAAAUAUAAUUUUAAUUUCAGCCCUUCUUUUAGUGAGAGUUUCUUUGUG